CCUCCUCCCUCAAGAAGCUAGGCCACAGUAUAAAAGCGAGUGCCGCUUCAUUGCCGACAUCAUUCGCCCUCCGACUUCCCUCCAACCAACAUGUCCGCUAAGCUCUUCGUCAUCGCCGCCCUUGUGGCCGUAGCCUGCGCCGCCCCCGCCCCCGACUCCCCACCAUCCUACGGGCCCCCUCCCCCAUCCUACAAGGAACCAGGCAUGCCCUUCGACUUCGCCUACGCCGUGAAAGACGACUACUCCGGCAACGACUUCGCCCACGACGAGAAGAGUGACGGACACGUCACCUCCGGGUCGUACCGCGUCCUCCUCCCCGACGGACGCACCCAGAUCGUCACCUUCACCGCCGACCACGAGAACGGAUACAUCGCCGAGGUCGCCUACGAAGGAGAGGCCUCCUACCCUCCCCCAGCUAAGCCCGCCUACGGCCCACCCCCACCAGCCUACGCCUAAGCGAUCAUAGGCCUACAUUCCUCGAGGAUGUCACUCCAUACAAAUCCGUCUCGAAGCUCGACCUCACUUCUGUCUUCUGUGUUCCCAUCGAUCUCCAGUUCUCCAUUCUAUCGAUCUCCACUCAAACCUCGUCAACUGCUUUUGAUGAGACUACUCUCACAUUCCAUUGGUCUCGUCCACUCUCAUCGAUAUCUUCCUCUGGGUGACAUUCUCCUUUUCUUCAGUCUAGUAUAUUGCCAUAAAGAAUGUGUCUGACGUGUUUACUGCAAGAGCUUAUAUUUAUUAUAAGUUAUUUUUUUGUAAAUAAAAGCACGGGAACGUGA